GAUAAAACUGGGGAAAUCCGCGGGAGUUCAGAGAGGGUUUAUAAAGGUUUUAAAGUUUCAAACUUUGGACUAAUAACAGUAGAACUGUUAUGUGGGUUUGACAUAUAUUCAUACCCAGAAUAUCAAAAUCCAGUCUCUUGUAUUCUGCUCUGCUGCAUUGUCUUUAUGGGGAGCACGAGCGUGGGGCUUUAUCGGUGGCCUACAUUUGCUCGUCAGAGGGUGACUCUUCCGCAAAAAUCUGCGCAACCACGACUGAAGUUUGAUUCUUUUUCCUCCGGGAAGUUUCAUAGCGGUGGCAUUGGCUACGGAGGAUGCAGGAUCAAGUUGAAGACGAGCAUAAGUGUUCGUGCCUCCAAUGCAUUUGUUGUUGCUGAUGAUAAGGCGUAUGGGAACAAGCAGAUUAUCAGUAUAAAUCCACGGCUUUAUGAUUACAUCCUUGAGAAUGUACGAGAGCCAGAGGUUCUACGACAACUUGGGGAGGAGACUGCCUCUAUGCGUGGUAGUAUGAUGCAGGUGUCUCCUGACCAGGCACAACUGCUUGCAAUGCUUGUUCAGAUUCAUGGGGCAGAAAAGUGUAUUGAAGUUGGUGUAUAUACAGGUUAUUCAUCAUUGGCUAUUGCACUGGUCCUUCCAGAAUCAGGCAGGUUAGUAGCUUGUGAUAGAGAUAUCAGAUGUCUUGAGGUUGCAAACAAGUAUUAUGAGAAGGCCAAUGUUUCCCACAAGGCCAACUGUUGUUGGGAGUAUCAGGUACCCAUUGGGGAUGGCAUGACAAUCUGUCGAAAACGUUGACCUGAUCAUGAGAGGGGGUUCAAGAAUUAUUCUUUUCUUGCUGCAUUGCAGUUGUAGUUUAUCACAUGCUGGGUUAAACAAACGAUCACGAGAAGUAUGAAAGGAAGAUAGGUGCUGCUGUUGACUCGUUUACUUUCAGUCUUUAGCAGAUCCCUGAUCAAUAACAUUGAGCUUUUGCUUUAAUCCGAGAUUCACAAUUUCACAUGAUUCACCAUUUCAGUUCAGAUUUACAUCACUUGGAAUAACUGAGUAUUUGGUGGCCUUACAGUUUACUCAUUAUACUGUUGUGCAUUGUAGUUUGAAUGAAUUAUUUCACUCCAGCAA